AUGCUCGGAGUAAGCUGGGUCGCAUCUGUUGCCCUGCUUCUCAGCGCCGUUUGGUAUGGUGCCAAUGCACAGGGAACCAUGGAGCAACAAGUGAAGGUCGAGCAACUUGCUUUGACAGACCCAGUCAAGGCAGCGCAGGAAGUCUUGAAAUUCCCUGGCAUUUUCAGCCCUAACCUGGCCUUGUGGGCCGUGUUUAACAAUAUCUCAGGACACGGUGAUGAACAAGUGCCUUGGGGUCGCGGUGCUUUCUACCGUUGGGAUCCUUGGACCAUCGGAGGAACGGACACCGGAUACUUCUGGCUUCCCAGGGAGUUUAACAUGUUUAAGCUGAACCGCACCUUUGUCAUUGCGCGCAAAGACGGUAAGGUGGCCAAGAGUCCUUUUUAUGUGAACAAGGAAUAUGAUCCUAAGAAGAUCGAACGCGCCGUGAUCUUUUGGCCCGGCAAGUGGCGUGACUCGUGGCGUUAUGCCAAUUACGUGGGCAAUGCUUACCAUGUUGCUCAGAAGUAUCCAGAACUCGAUGUGAAAUCUGACAAUGUGCUUAUUAUUUUACCUGCUUUUAUGAAUGAAAAGGACGAGUCGCGUCAUGCCCUGCAUGAUGACGAAAUAUCAUUCCGUGGCACAGGGUGGUCCGUCGGUGGCACGGUCCGUCAACCAAGAGAGUUCAAGCAUUUAUCCUCCUUCGAUGUGGUGGACAAGUACAUCGAUAUGCUCAUGGACAAAAACCAAUUCCCGAACCUCAAAAAGAUUGUAGUGGGUGGUCAUUCCAUGGGUGCGCAGGCUUCGCUGCGCUAUGCCUUUUUGCGUGACAAGCCUGAGCAGGAUCAUGCAGUCAAAUUUUGGAUCGGUAACCCUGGCGCUUAUGUUUGGCUGAAUGAUAAGCGUCCGUUCAGUACGAAAAAGUGUCGCAAUUAUGACUCGUGGCCUUAUGGCAUUUCGGAUCCGAAGACGAUUCCUACGUAUGCGCGUCACCGCGCAGGUAAAAAUGGUUCCAAGCUGGUGGAAAACUUCCUGAAGCACCGCGUGCACUUUGCUAUCUCGCAAGAUGACAAUGGUCAAGGUGUCUCUAACUGUGCUGGUAGUGUCCAAGGUCCCACACGCAUUUGUCGUGCUGCUGAGUGGAUUGUCCAGCACGGUAACACGACUGAGUACGAAUGGCCUGAUACGCACACGGUCAACUUUUUGCCCGGUGUGUCGCACCAGGAUUACCCAACGCUCGCUUAUUAUGGCACGAUCAAGUUCCUCUUCUCUCCGUGCCACUAA